AUGAAGUUCUCACUUUCCGCUGUUGUUUCGGUCAUGGCUGUCUCGUCAUGUGCUGCCUUUACUCCCAUUCAGAAGACCCACACUACCACUCUUCGACCAACAACAACUCGUGGUUCUAGUAGUAGUACGACCAGCCUCAAUUACAGCGUGGGCAUUGUUGGUGCCACUGGUGCUGUCGGGAAGGAAAUUCGUCAAUGUUUGGAGACUCGUGGAGUGUUGGAUGUCGAUACUUUGAGAAUCUUUGGUUCCGAACGAAGUGCUGGCUCUACCGUCGAAACCAAAUACGGCGACAUCUCAGUGGAACUCUUUUCCGAAGAGGCUUGCCGAGAAUGUGACGUUGUCUUUCUGGCUGUCGAUGGAGACUUUGCUUUGAAGCAUGCCAGGAAUAUCUGUGAGGGAGAUGACGGUGCUGUUGUCAUUGAUAACUCGUCCGCCUUCCGCUACGAAGAUGACGUUCCAUUGGUCGUUCCCGAAAUCAAUGGCAAAGAAACUAAAAAGUCCAAGUUGAUUGCCAAUCCCAAUUGUACCACAGCCAUCGGACUCAUGGCACUGUGGCCACUCAUUCAAAAGUUUGGUGUCGUCAAGGUCUUGAUGAGCACCUACCAAGCUUCUUCUGGAGCUGGACAACCUGGUAUGGACGAAUUGACCAGUGGUACCAAGGCUUACUUGGAAGGAAAAGAGGUCGUCAACAAGAUCUUUGCCCAUCCAUUGCCCUUCAAUGUCAUUCCACAAAUUGACAAAUUCCAAGAGAAUGGUUACACCAAGGAAGAAAUGAAGGUCACUUGGGAAUGCCGCAAGAUUUGCAAUCUUCCCGAAGAUACUCCCAUCAGUUGUACGGCCGUCCGCAUUCCUACCAUUCGUGCUCACUCCGAGACGAUUGUGUUGGAAACCGAAAAGGAUGUCGAUGUCGCCGUUGCCCGCCAAGUCUUGGAAGAAGCCAAGGGUGUCAAGGUUGUGGAUGAUCCCGAGUCAUUGAGUUAUCCCAUGCCCUUGACGGCUACUGGUCAAUACGAUGUCGAGGUAGGACGCAUCCGCAAGUCGAUCGCCUUUGGUGACAAGGGAUUGGAAUUCUUUGUCUGCGGCGACCAAUUGCUCAGAGGAGCUGCCUUGAAUGCGGUUUUGGUGGCUGAAGAAAUGCAAGAGAAUGGUGCUCUGAAUUAA